AUGUCUCGCAUUCGCUCAGGCCUCGCUGCAGCUCUCCACUGCUGCCCCGAUGCAGCUGCGCUGGAGCUGCAGCAGCAACUGCUGCUGCAGCAGCUGCUGCUGUCUUCCGUGGCCCAGCAGCUGUGCGCAGAUCACCAGCUGCAGCAAAAGCAGGAAAGACAGCAGCAGCAGCAGCAGCAGCAGCAGCAGCAUCCUCGCGGCUUCGCGGGCUGCCCUGGGAUUCUCUCGGGCCUCCGCACCAGAUCCUGGACCAGCAGCAGCAGCAGCAGCAGCAGCAGCAGCAGCAGCAGCAGCAGUUGCUGCUGCUUGCCUUUGCUGCUGCCUGCUGCGCCUCCUCCUGGCCGCGUUUGCGUCUCUUUAGUGCGGGACUUCUUCAGGGGCUGCUGCCCCCUUGAUGAGGCGCUUCUGCUGUUCUUCAAAGGCCCCAAGUCCGCCACAGGGGAGCACGUGGCCGAAAUUCACUCCCACGGGGGCCCCGCCACCCUGGGGGCCCUUUUUGAUUUCUUUGCUGAGGCCAGCCGCUGCUCGGGGGCCCCCAGGGGCCCCCCAACAUUAAAAGUACCCCAAGGGGGCCCCCUUGGGGGCCCCCUGGACCCCUCCGGGGGGGCCCCUGGGGGCCCCCAGGGGGCCCCCGGGGGGCCCCCGGGGGCCCCACAGUCACUCGAGGCUGCCUAUAGACAUAUGUUGGCUGCAGACAAAGAGUUGCUGGGGUUCGAGCCGGGGCAGCAGCAGCAGCUGCUGCUGCAGCAGCAGCAGCAGCAGCAGCAGCAGGGUCUGCUGCAGCAGGAAGAGUGCUGCUGCACUGAGCGCCUCUUCGAUUUGCUGCUGAGGAGGUUCCUCGCGCAGCAGCAGCUGCAGAAGCAGCAGCAGCAGCAACAGGCAGACGGAGCAGCAGCAGCAGACACUGGCGCAGCAGCAACUUGUCCUUGCUGCAGCAGGGGGGCCCCCCAUCAGUACCCUAAUUCGCUUGGCGAGGCCCGGAGAGCCGGGGGCUCUGCGCAGCUGGGCAAAGCCCUGCUGCGGCUCUCGGGGGGCCCCCAACGGCUGGGGCUUUUAAAGAAGUGGCGGGGGGCCCUCGUGGGGGCCCUGGGGGCCCUGGAAGCAGCUUUGGCUGUGGGGGAUGACCAGCAGCAAACUGCAGCAGCAGCAGCAGCAGCAGCAGCAGCAGCAGCAGACCCCGCAGCAGCACAAGUCCUCGCGCAGCUCAACAGCGAACUCUCCAGAAUUGCUGCGCACGCGCAGGCCGAGGAGGGCCCCAAACUGCUGCUGCUGGGGCCCCCCAACGCAGGGAAAAGCAGCCUCUACAACUUGCUGCUGGGCCGGGAAGCUGCAAUUGUUGCUGCUGAAGAAGGCACAACGAGGGACUUGCUGAGCAGCAGCAUUUGCUGCAGCAGGGGAGGCAGCAGUUUGCUGCGGCUGCAGCUCACAGACUGCGCGGGGCUGAGGGCUGCUGCUGCUGCUGCUGCUGCUGCUGGGCCUGCUGCUGCUGCUGCUGGGCCUGCUGCUGCUGCUGCUGCGGUGGGCGCUGUGGAAGCAGAAGGCAUUCGCCGGGCUCUUGCUGCAGCAAGAGACAGCGACCUGCUGCUGCUCGUUUUGGCAGCGAAGGAACUGCAGCAGCAGCAGCAGCAGCAGCAGCAGGAAGACGAGCAGCUGCAGCAUCUGCAGCAGCAGCUGCAGCAGCUGGGCGAGGCCCUUAAGGGCAUUAUGAGCAGCAAAAGGGAGACACAAGGGACUCCCCGUUUGCUGCUUCUCGUCAACAAGACAGACCUGCUGCUGCAGAGCCAGCAGCAGCCCCUCAGCAGCAGCAGCAGCAGCAGCAGCAGCAGCAGCAGCAGCGGUUCUGGGCCCGCAAGCGGCGCUGCUCAUGAGCUGCAAGACGAAUCAGCAGCAGCAGCAGCAGCAGCAGCAGCAGCAGCAGCAGCAAGCUUGCUGCACCGCUUAGAGAUGAGCGUGGAUCGUCUCCUCCCUCAAGAGGCCCUGGGGGCCCUUCUACCGCUUGGCCUUAAUGUGCAGCAGCUGCUGCAGUGGGUCCUUCGCAGCAGCAGCAGCAGCAGCAGCAGCAGCGGCAGCAGCAGCAGCAGCAGCAGUGAAGAAGAGGCCCUCUUUUGCUUGCAAAGGGAGCGAGUGCUGCUGCUGCAGCUGCGGGACACGCUGCAGCACUUUCUAAGCAUUGAGGCUUUGGAGGAAAAGGCCGAAGACCUCUCCUACGCGUUGGGGCUGCUGGGAGAACUAACGGGCAUUGAGUGGCGGCCUGAAGAAGCUGUUGAAAUCAUUCAGCGAAGCUUCUGCCUCGGCAAAUGA